AUGAUCGAGAAUCGGGGUCCGCAGUUACAGGGAGUAGUAUCAUGGAUGGUAUCGAUGGCCUUUGUGGCCAUGGUGUUGAGAGUAUAUGUGCGCAUCCGACUUCUGAAGGCAUUCGGAUGGGACGACGCGUGGAUGAUAUUCGCAAUGCUCAUGCACAUUAUGUUCGCAACUUGCGCCAUCGCAGGUGUACACUACGGCACUGGACGACACUUCAAAGACCUUUCGCCUGAGGGGAUAUACAAAGCCUUGAGGUACUGGUGGCUCUGCUACAUCGCAUACUGCCUCUCCAUGAUCGGCGCCAAAAUCUCCAUAGGCCUCUUCCUCUUGCGCAUCACUCCUAAGAAAAUUCAUCACUGGAUCAUCUACACCGUCAUGGGUCUCACAGUGCUCACCGGCAUCGUGUUUCUCUUCGUCACUGUCUUCCAGUGUAUGCCUAUUUCGUAUUUUUGGGGCCAGGCGCUCGGCGCCGAUGGAUCGUGCAUUAACAUUUACGUCAUUAUUGGUCUUACGUAUCUGUACAGCGUUAUCUCGGCGAUAUGCGACUUCACGUUUGGAUUGCUGCCCAUUGUGCUGGUGUGGGAUCUGAAUAUGAGCAGGAACUCAAAGAUUGCGCUAAUUCCUAUUUUGAGUAUGGCUUGCGUGGCCAGUAUAGCAGUCAUUGUGCGCAUGGGCUUCGUAAUGAAGUUUGUAACCAAUGAUUUCCUCUACGACACCGUCGACAUCGCAAUCUGGUCCGACGUCGAACAAGGUCUUGCCAUAACCGCCGGUUCGCUUGCUACCCUGCGUCCAUUAUAUCGUCUGGCGUCCGACCGUCUCGGCUGGUCAACACGCGCAUCCAGCAAUGGUCCCAAGAUCAAGUCACAAUACGAUCGCUCGGGGUUCUCGGAUCAUAACAAGAGAAAGCGCAGUGGGCUAUUCAGCUUCACAACAGUCAAUCCUGGGGGGAAGGAGGAUGAGGAGUAUGGACUGGAGAAUUGCAGACCAAUAAAGCUGGAGGAAUAUGUCGUACCUGACAUGAGGGGUUCCUGGGUCGGACACAACGUGUUUUAG